AUGCCCAUGACAGACGAGACAGACGACAGCGGAGGGGUCAUCCUCGAAGGCCCCUUCGACCCAGAUGCACAAGCCACAGUUACAGACUUUAUUGACUAUACUGAAUAUCUCCCGGCCGACCUUAUCCGUUCCCUCACACUCAUCCGUGGCCUUGACGAUCGAUACCUUGACUCGGCGCAAGCCGUGCACCAGCUCACACAGGUCUACGGCCAACUUCCAAGCCUUCCCCCCGACAAUCGACCGGGCGCAAUCGCACUGCGCAAAGAUAUAUCAUCUCAAGUGGAUCGCGCCAUCAAUGCGCGUGAGUCAGCGUACGCAGAAGCCUGCCGACUUUACGAUGUCGUAGAUCGCCACUUCGAUCGGCUGGGUUGCAUUCGCCAGAAGCUCGAAGCACUGCCUAAACCUGCCUCGGAGGAACCAACACCGCCCCCACAACUGAAGCGCGCGCGCGGAAGCAAGAAGACCAGUCGAGAUUCAACUACGCGUAUCACCCUUCGCUUGGACAAUCGCAAUAGGAGAGACCCCAAGUCCAGGAGGCGCGUCUCGGCCAUCGACGGGACCUUCGAUCCAGAUUCUCCGCUUGCUAGCACUGAGCAGUCGGAUGUGGAGGGUGAACUCAUCAAACUGGCCCCUAGGCCUCGACCCCCGAAGAAAGAAAAGGCGCGUCGCCCCAGCGCGGGUACAGGACAGUCCACGGCCCAGGCUCUUGCGCAAUUGAAACCGCCGCCAGAUGACGCGAAGUUGGGCAGUGAAGAUCUACCAUGGCUGCGAUUGACCGAAUGGGAGAUGACCAGACUACGAAAGAAGAUGAAGAAGAACGCUGUGUGGCAGCCCAGCGAAGUAAUGAUUCACCGUGAGCUGGCCUUGGCAAAUCGUGGAUGGGAAGCAUACCGUGCGGCCAAGGCCCGGGCAGAGGACACGGGCGCAGAAUUCAUCGACUGCGAUAAUAUCGAGGAGACGCGACGCGGUGAGGCUGCCAAGGACUUGGAGGAAACGAAACUGAGCAACCGCGGCAUGAAAUUGAACGAGGCAAAGAAAUUGAAGCGCGAGCAACUGGCCCGUGAGCAAGCCUUGAUGGAAGGCGAAGGAGGCGUGGGUGUAUUACCCAGGCCUUUGCCAAGCCCGGCCCAAGCAACCCCAGCUGCGAAUCGAUCAUCACGCAAGAGGAAAAGGGAAGAAGUGGCAGUUGAAGAACCAGAAUCCAUUCCCGCCGAGCCACCAACUCCUGUGCCUGUUGCUGCACCCGCCGUACCCGUCGCCCCUGUAUCUUUACCUUCUAGGGCUGGUGCGUCUCGGCGUAGAUCCAGCCGAGGAGCCGCCACAGACAUCAGCACUGAACCAAUCGCCCCGAUCAAAACCCACGUUUCCCCUGCACCCGAAACAAAAAUAUCUUCACCUCUGCCCAGCCCAACGGGUUCCCGGCGCUCCAACCGAUCUGUUGUUCCACACGUCACUACCCCAACACCACCAGUCACACGGCCCUCAUCACGGCGCUCUAUGGCCGCCGCAUCAAUUGAAGGAGGAACCCUCGGCAACAUCCCCACAGCAGUAGCAGCAAGCGGGCGCGACCGCCGCAUUAAGAGUGCCACGCCCGCCCACAAGACCCCCGUCCGCGAGUCGUCCCACGCACCAAGCGUCCCCGCUCCGGCCCGGCGGCGGAAACGUCCUGCGCCAGGACCCAUUUCCAAUGGCCAAGAUGGCGGCGCGGCGGUCAGUUACGGGCGGCGCAAGGCCAAGCCUGGCAAGAAGCGAAUCAACAUCCGUGAUUCCCAGGAUGUCCGCGUGGACGAAGAUGGCGUGUUGGAGCAAAUUGACGCUAAUGAGCCCCGGUAUUGCCUCUGUGGGGAUGUCAGCUUUGGGACGAUGAUUUGCUGCGAAAACCAGGAUUGUGACCGCGAAUGGUUCCAUCUUGACUGCGUGGGCCUUGCGGAGGUUCCUUCGCGCACAGCCAAGUGGUACUGUCCCCAGUGCCGUGUCAAGCUGCACAAAGGAGAGGAUGGGAUAAUCAAGGGUGGAUCGCGACGUUGA